AUGCCCCUUCCAGAAGUUCUGCUCCGCGCCUGGGCCUGGCAGGCAGUGGCGCCUUGGCCCGGCGAAAAGCGCCUUCAGCUGAAGAUGUGCAGAGACUUGACUGAGUGUGGUGGAGAAUUCUGCAAAUCUGGAAAACAUGGGCUUCUUCCAAUCUCUAGGAAGCUGCUGCGGCUACUGAAGGAGACGAGCAAGCCGCUUGAUCAGACUUGGUUGCCUCCAUUCAAGCUCACAUCCAAGAUCGGUGAGCUGCCAAGCCAGUUCGAUGGAGUGGUCUCCGCAGAGGUGCGCGAUGCGUGCCGCGCUGCCUCCGAGGCAGUGACGAAGUUGCCGCUUCCAGAGCCGGAGCAGUUAGAGCCGCAGUGCGCGGUGGGUGAAGAGGAUUGGGGACCUGGCCAGGAAAAAUCUGCGGAGGCACUGGCCGCAGUCGAUUUGCAGAGCACGGAUGAGGAGACCGCAGCUUGGUUGCCGAGCAAGAAGUCCAAGGCCAAGGAGGCCAAGAAGGCGGUGAAGCGCCGGAAGCGCAGGGAAGACGACGAUGACGCCAACAAGGAGUCGGCACCUCCGCAGCCAGUCACAAAGAAUGGCGAGGGCGCACAGGAGCAGACCUUCACCCGAACGGCUCCUGAAGAUGAGGAGGGAGCUCCUGUAAUCAAUGUAUCACACCUCCCUGAGAAGCUGGAGGCGAGCAUGUCAAGGGAAGCACUAGGCAAGGUGCGAUCAGUCGUGAACGAGCUGAUCGUCGUGCAGGGCGAAGAGGAUGGCAAGGCUUUAGAUCUGGGCUCCAUUGUCUGCCUGGCAGAUGGACGCGUCCUCGGCGCUGUGGUGGACGUCUUUGGCCCCAUCUCCGUGCCACACUAUCUAAUCUUGCCAUCUGAGCUCUGCAAGAAGGAUCUUCCUGGCAUUGGGGAUGCCGUGCUGGCCGCGACUGGCUUGGAGGAGACUUCGUUUCUCUGCGAUAGCGCUGACCUGACAGCGCUGCGAAAGCAGUUGGGGGAUGAGGGUAGCGAUGAGGAUAGUGAUUUGGUAGAUGGCGAGGAUUCGGAGAGCGAAGAGCCGGAGUUUAGCUCUUUAGGCGCAGCUGCUUUGGAAGCAGCAGCGCGGGGAAGCCAUCCAGGUGGUGUAUGGACGGAUCCAGACACCAAGAGAGGACAUCGCCCUGAUGUGACCAAACAGGAAACACCUUCCUGGAAAGCCAAGACCAACCAAUGGGAAGGCUGGGGCGAUUGGAGUCAGGGCGGAGAAGGAGGUGGCUCGGCACCCUCAAAGCCUGCUCCGCGCAGCUACGACAGAACCAGCGAAGAGACUGUGCAGCGAGAUCGAUCAUGGACGAGUGGGCAGUGGAACCGAAGAUCUCGAGAGGGCGACUGGUCCCAUGGCUGGUCUCAAGACUGGUCACAGGACUGGUCUAAAGAUUGGUCUGAUGGACCCAACCACGACAGAGAGAGGUCAGAGCGGCGCGCGCCGCGCCGCGAGGCUGCCCCGCCACCGCCUCCAGUGCCAGGGCGGGCCACGCCGCCACCACCUGCACCACCGCUUCCGCCACCGCCACCUCCUCCGCCUGCGCCGCCCUCGCGGGACGAUUGGGAUACUCCUGGGAAAGGUAGAUAUGGCCGGAGUGACCGGCCUCCGGAGCGGCCCAAGCCGUCAAAGAAUCCACGGCUGAGUGAUUGA